UGUGUUCGUAGCCAUUAGCCGUGAGCCAUACACAACACUCAGCUGACGCGAGCUGCUUCGCUACUGUGUUCGGGUGCUUGCUUCCACAGCGCGCACCUUUGUGUUGUGGUGUGGGUGACGAUGUUUGCGCGUCCAUGCAAAGUCUAGCCACGAACCUGAACAAUAUCGGCGAAGGAGUGAAGCACGGUGUCGGCGGACUCAUGAAUCUAGCCGCGGAAGGGGGUGAACACACCCCAUACAUUAACUACGUGAAUUUCAACCAAGACGGCACGGCACUCUCGGUUGGAACACACACGGGGUACAAGUUUUUCUCUCUAGCAAACGUGGACAAGCUUGAACAGAUAUACGAAAAUGAAGAGGAAGGCAUGGCCCUGGUCGAGCGCCUCUUCCUGUCCAGCCUGGUGUCCCUGGUCAGCACGGCGUCCUUGCGCAAGCUCAAGAUGUGCCACUUCAAGAAGGAGUCCGAGAUCUGCAACUACUCCUACAGCAACAGCAUCCUGGCUGUGCGGCUCAACCGGGCGCGCCUCGUCGUGUGCCUCGAGGAGAGCCUCUACAUACACAACAUUCGGGACAUGAAGGUGUUGCACACGAUCCGCGAGACGCCGCCCAAUCCGGAUGGCCUGUGCGCUCUGUCGCCCUCCAGCGACAACUGCUACCUGGCGUACCCGGGAUCCGACAAGAUCGGCGAGGUUCAGAUCUUUGAUGCCCUCAACCUGCAAGCCAAGGUGAUGAUCCCAGCACAUGACAGCAAACUGGCAGCCCUGGCCUUCAACUCCACGGGAACGCUGAUUGCGACAGCUUCGGAAAAGGGCACGGUCAUAAGAGUUUUCGGUGUCGCAGACGGCCAGAAGUUGUACGAAUUCCGGAGAGGCAUGAAGCGGUGUGCGAACAUCUAUUCGCUGGCGUUCAGCGCCGACUCUUUGUUCCUCGCCUCGUCGAGCAACUUUGAGACCGUGCACAUCUUCAAACUCGAGGACCCGGAGUCCAACCGGGUGGCCGAGGAGCCCGGCGGCUGGUUCGGCUACCUGGGCAAGGCCAUCGUGCAGGGUGCCUCGUACCUGCCCACGCAGGUGACCGAUGUGUUCAACCAGGGCCGGUCGUUCGCCACGGUCCACCUUCCGUUCCAGUCGGUGCGCACAGUUUGCUGCCUCAGCACCAUUCAGAAAAUACCGAGGGUACUGGUGGCCACCGCCGACGGCUACCUGUACGUCUACAACUUGGAUCCUGCCGAGGGUGGUGACUGUGCUCUGUACUCGCAGCACCGGCUGGAUGGUCAACCCACGGCCGCCCCGCCGUCUCAGUCUGGCGACGCAGGUUCGGACCAAGCAACGGCACAGGGAGCGGCUUCUCAACCAACUCCUGCAGCACGCAAGCUGGACUCGCAGGGAUUGUCGAGCUACGCUGCUGUAGUGCGAGGUUAUCAGGACCAUACUCCGGCAGAUGCUGCUGGAAUGGUCUCUUUGUCGCCUCCGACCAACGCCGCGUUGCGCCUCACCGAUGACUCGGAGUUUCCGCCAGUGUCACAGAAGUGCGAUUGAGGCGCCCUCUGCUGCUACCCUUGCGCCAAGAUUCAUCCACUGACAAGUGAAGGGCAACAGAAGUGAAAGAAGAUGCGGCGAUGGUCACCGGCGGCACCAGUGGUACCGACUCGGCCACAUGGCGGCACGGUGCUUGGCUCAGCCCACGGCUCGUGCACCAUUGCUUUCAUCGUCUCAGAUUCCGUAUGGAAGACGCAUGCGCAAGUUGGGGUGGGGGCCCUCGGCACUUUUCGGUGGAUGCAUCACCUACUCCAUUGAAGAGAUUUCUGUAGUCCUUUCGUAAGAGGCUCGUCAGAACUUGCCGACUUCCGCAACAUGAAGAGGGCGUCGUCUGCUGGAAGCCAGCUGCAGACGACGGGCGUUCCGAGCGACGGCGGAAGGACGAAACAUUUUUUGUUAUUUCGAGUAUUCUUGUGUUGUUCUUGCUCCAGCUGACAGGGAUCAAGUUUUGCUGGACUUUUUGUUGUUGUUCGGUAUGAAGCGAGCGUGUGGUGUACACCUGCGUGAGUGUGCGUGCGUGCGUGUGUGAAAGCUCGAGAGGACUUGGACGCAAUGUUUGAGACAGUGUGUCUGUAGCACCUUUUAGCCUUCGUGUGCAAAAUGUGCGUGAAACCACGAAGCGGAGUCAAAAACGACAAAACAAAAAGUGAAGCUGCACCAGGACUUCAUACCUGUGGUUAGGUUCGCAUGUAUGUAAUGUGUGUUUUAUGUGCAAGUACAGAGUUUUUUUGAGAUUUACACUCCUCAGCGCUGCUUUUGCUCGAUUCGGAAGCUUGUACAUACGAUGGGCCGGCACGUCUUUUUGUAUCUUGUUAAGCCUGUAAGUACAUCUUCGGUCAGUGUUGGCAGACGAAAAAAACAAUAAAACUGUCGAAAAUUUGUAA